AUGCGGUCCUGGGCCAGGAGAAGGAAAAUUGUGUCCAAGCUGAAAAUGCCGCUUGGUCCACUGGAUGUUCAACCUCAACUAAUUUAUAUCGAUCGCAAAACACCCGGUGACCUCCAGCGGCGUCAGCACGUCCCAUCACGCCACGUCAUGCGGUUGCCAGUGGGCCUGGGCCUGGGCUGCGGGGAUGGCGCAAAAGAACCCGUGUCCCUCGGCCGGGCUGAUGGCACCGACAGCGCCAAAGCUCCCAAAGUCAGCUGCGAGGAGAGGAACGGCACUGGCCCCAGCCGCUUCACGCUGCAGAUCCUGAACGUGUCCCAGGACCUGAUGGAGUUCUUAAACCCAAACAGCAGUGACUGUACGUUAGUGCUCUUCUAUACGCCGUGGUGCCGCUUUUCGGCCAGUCUGGCACCUCACUUUAAUUCUUUACCUCGAGCGUUUCCAACUCUUCGCUUCCUGGCGCUGGAUGCAUCUCAGCACAGCAGUUUAUCAACUAGAUUUGGAACUGUGGCUGUACCAAAUAUCCUCCUUUUCCAAGGUGCUAAACCUAUGGCUAGAUUUAAUCAUACAGACCGAACGCUGGAAACGCUGAAAGACUUCAUUUUUAAUCAAACAGGUAUAGAAGCUAAAAGCGAUGUGGCUGUGACCAAGGAAGACUGGGAAGGGCCCCUGCCUAGCGUUCUGACAAAAGGCAUAGACUGGCUGCUUCUCUUUUCUUUGCUCUUCCUGGCCAGCUUUGUCAUGUACGCUACCGUUCGAACAGAGAGCAUUCGGUGGCUGAUCCCGGGACAGGAGCACGAGCAUCAGGAAUAAUCCCAGGUGCUGGAAUAGGGACAGAAUUUCCAGCUUAUUGGGUAAAGCAGGAAUUUGUAUGGACUAGAAGUAUGUAAGAAUGAACUGCUGAAUUUGUUCGUUCUAAUUUAUAAUAUUGACGAAAAAUCUGCUUUAUUUAUCAACUACUGAAUCUGUAAAAAGCAAAUUCCUGGCGAUUAAUGCGGAAGGUAAACAAAUAUGAAAAAACACAAACUAAAAAUGUAUUUAUUAAGCUGCUCUCAUCAGCUUAUUUUUCAUGGCCUUUCACGUAAAGAGGUGAUACGGUGAUACCUCUCCUGAAGGGAUCCCCAAGCUUUGCAGAUCGAGUGAGAUUUUUACAGCACACUGGCCUGUACGCAUGGGUCCGCAGAGCUGCUGCUCUGGUAGAAUCUGAGGAUCUUCUUUUACAGGUCCUACAGGCCUAUGAACUAAAUAAAGCUUCUAUAAGGACAAUGUGGUAAACGCUAUAGCAUGAGGAGGUGUUGGCCCACACAGAUCAUGCUCAAGUUUCCGGCUCGUGUAUUCCCGAAAUACAGCAUUUUAAAGGAAAAGGCUGGUGAAUGGUGAUGUUGCUAAAUUAGUUUGACUGUCAGUAAAACGAACUACGAAGAAAAAGAUGUUUUUUAAAAACCAGGGUCCUUCAAAUGAGUUACUCCGUUGCACGCCAGCAGUACUGGUUCAGCUCCGGGCAGGGCGGCCGUUGCCCACCGUCGGUGCUGGGGUUAGAUGCUGGUUUUCUUGUCCACUGCGCUCUGUCAGUUUUGACUUCUUCCUAAGAUUUAGAGUAACUUCCAAAGCUCACCUCACUGGCUGUGCACAUACACAAUUUAUUUACCACAUUCCUAUAGCAUUAAAUUGUAGUUGUUGUCCUUUUUUUUUUUUUAAGUCAGUCAGGUUUUUAGUGUAACCUUUUAAGUCCCUUUCUUACAGGAUUAAAACUUCUGAAGUACAAAUCACCAGCCUAAAUUAGCAAGACCAACCUUGAGACUUAUGUAAAUGUCUACUAAUGCGUUUGCUGGUUGCACAGUCCGCAGCCGAGGCUACAUAAGGAAUUGAUACGGGUUGGUUAUAAUGAGUAUGGAAGACUUUGAAUAAAGUAGGGACUGGUACAUUGUAUAGGUUUUUGAUUAUUUGACUGUAUAGCAUCUAUAGACAGUGGAGGCUUGCCAUAGUGCCCUCACGGGAACAUUUAGACUGCAAAUUAAGCUACGAGGAAACAAUGACAGACCGAAGAGGGUUUUUUUGGCAAAGAGCUUGUAAUUUUUCAGGUAUUUUUCUGGCGGCCGUAUCUUUCUCCUUUGGAAAGCUGAGGUCCUGUAUUUGUGUGUAUUAAAAGGAAACGGCACUGAUACAUCUUUGGUAUUACUGAAGAUGAAGAUAGGAAGUCUUUUAUUAAUUAAUAAAGAUUGAAGGUGUUGAGCAGUAAC